AGACGUUCUCUCUUGCCUACGUGCUUUCUUGCUUUUAAGCUUAUUUUUUUUGAACUUUAAUAUUUUUAGCAGUUUUAGUAGUAGAAAAUGUCUUCAAACAUGGAAAACGCUGCCUCUACUUCUGGAUCCAACUUCAUCGACUUUGGUAUGGAUGAGACUGAAUGGGACACAUUGAUGGCAAGUGUUCCCACAUCCAUGUUGGAGCCCGCUGUUGUUAUGCCUCCUCCUGGAUUUGCACCAAUUGCCGGACCCAGUGGAGUCUCGCAACCUGCAUCUCCUAGGAUUAGCCAAUUCAAUACUUUGGCCCCGGAUGUUUCGGUUGUUGUGCCCUCUUCGGAUGUCCCCUCCGCAUCGAAGACUGCUCAUCCAAGCUCCUUGCCUGUGAUGGUUUCUGAAAUAUUUCUGGACUGA